GUAAAUUUUAAAGAUUUCAUUUCCAUCUCCAUUUCUUAUUUCUCAUGUUGCUAGUUGCUCUAUUGGUACGGCUAUUGAUAAUAAUUAUGCAUUAACCGAGAUGAAUAAAGUAGAAAAUCAAGAAAACUCUCAUCAAGCACAUGUACCGUCUGUAGAUUUACCGAAAAUUACUGAAGCAACCAUAUGUAAAACAACUUCAUCGUCAGCUAGUACCGAGAAGCAGGAAUCUUCAUCUAAUGCAAAUAACACUUCUGUUAGUAUUCAAGAUGAAUGUCGCACAUCUGUUUUAAUCAAGAAACAAAUGAAUGAAAUUGAUAAGGAGAUUAACCGGCGAAUUCAAAAUCGAAAUAUCAAAAAGGUUUGUAAUUUUAAUAAUUAUUUUAAGUUUAGUGCUUUACCAUUUGGUACCGCUGAACCGAAUAAAUCGAAUAUCACAUCACCAAAGCCGACUUUAGAACAACUGCGCAAUUCAUUUGCUUUACCGGUAGUAUCCAAGGAUUGCAACACAUUGCCUUAUCAAGCAUUAUCUCCAGCAUAUCAUCAAGAAUAUUAUUCUCAGCAACAAAACCAGCAGCAACUCUUCCCACCAUCACUCUAUCUAAAUUAUCAUACUGAAUCUUCGGAAAAUUUUGUUCGCGCACAAUCUCAGAAUCAAUCUUCUCUCUCUUUACCGACAACAAUGGAACAGCUAACGCAAGCUGCUGCCGCAGCUCUCGUAAUGGUACAUGAACCGGCAGUGCUCAUUGAAGGUGUAUUAUUUCGAGCUAGGUAUCUAGGUUCCACUCAAUUACUCUGUGAGAGUAGACCAACCAAGACAAGUCGAAUGAUGCAAGCACAGGAAGCAGUAGCUCGUGUUAAAGCACCUGCUGGUGAAAUUCAACCGAGUACUGACAUAGAUUUAUUUAUUUCCACAGAAAAAAUUAUGGUAUUAAAUACCGAUCUUCAGAGGAUAUCUGAUACAGAUGUUCGACAGGAUAUAUUGAUGGACCAUGCAUUGAGGACAAUAUCAUAUAUAGCUGAUAUUGGUGAUUUGGUAGUUUUAAUGGCACGUCGAAUGUCACAGCCAUCUAAGGAAGAAACGUUUUCCGUAGGGUAUGAAGCUGCACCACGUGUUACAUGUCAUGUUUUCGAGUCCGAUGAAGCAUCGUUUAUCGCACAGUCCAUUGGGCAAGCAUUUCAAGUUGCAUAUGUAGAGUUUUUACGUGCAAAUGGUAUUGAUGACCCUUCAUAUUUACGUGAAAUCGAUUAUCAGGAAGUGUUGAAUUCCCAAGAGUUAUUGGGUGAUGAAUUGGAAAUGUUUGCUCGAAAAGAGACUCAAAAAGACGUUGUAGUACCUAAGAAAGCAGGGGAACCGCUAGGUGUAGUAGUUGUAGAAUCAGGUUGGGGUUCCAUGCUACCAACAGUUAUAAUUGCCAAUUUACAACCAAAUGGAGCUGCUUCAAGAUGUAGUCAUUUGAACAUUGGUGACCAGAUAAUCGCGAUUAAUGGUAUAUCUUUGGUAGGUCUUCCGUUAGCAUCACUUUAUUUACACCUAAUUUGUAUUUUGUAUUUAUUUUUGAUUUAUAUUCAAUCUUCAAAAUUUCCAUUUUGUAACCUGACAGUAAAGUUGACAGUUGUUUCUACACCACCAGUUGUUGAAGUUCGAAUUAAACGUCCUGAUACAAAAUAUCAGCUUGGUUUCAGUGUACAAAAUGGAGUGAUUUGUAGUUUGUUACGUGGUGGUAUAGCCGAACGAGGAGGAAUACGUGUAGGGCAUCGAAUCAUUGAAAUUAAUUCACAAAGUGUCGUUGCUGUACCACAUGAAAAAAUCGUAAACAUGUUAGCAUCAGCAGUCGGUGAGAUUCAUAUGAAAACAAUGCCUACAUCAAUGUUUCGUCUGCUCACCGGACAAGAAGUGCCAAAUUAUAUUUGA